AUGGAAAAAGUACACGUGUCGCAGCAUAAUAGGGAAGGCUCUCAGAUAAGACGAACAAGGAAUUUCAAAACAAAAGCAACAGUGUAUAAAACGGAACUCAAAUUCCUUCGCAGUGGUGGCGGCUACCAUAGCAUUAACUCUAAGUUAAAAAGCAAAAGUGUUCACUGA